AUGGGAACGUUCAGCUACCAGCGCGUGAACGAUGCUGAAGGCGCCAACGGAGAUAGCUUUCAGGGUGACGGGCACGUCGAGGACGCGAAGACGCCAAGCCAUCAAUUUUGGAAUCUCCGUUCCCUCGCUGUAGGAAUGAUACUUGGCCUUGUCCUGAGUUUGCUUGCCUUCGGGAUCAUAUUCAUGGAACCAAAGGACAAGUGCGUACGGAAGAUAUCGACUUGGUCGCCCGCGCUCGAGAUUUACGACGAUGGGGAGCUCUCACCGCAACGCUUUAAUGGAGCACUUCGAAAGUACAACAGGUUUCGCGGUCCUCCGAGUCAGGAUAUCGAUGACGCGUGGGAAGAGAUCACGUAUCCCCAGGGAGGUUUAGUUCGACUGUCCAGAGACCAGCUCGAUAGAAUCAACGCGUCUGAAUAUGCGGCUGAGUACACAGAAGAGAUGGGUGGCGGAUAUAUAGCUGGUAUUGAGGCGUUCCACCAACUACAUUGCCUCAACAUGGUGCGACAAGCGACAUAUAUGGAUUAUUACCUGCCCAAGAAUAAGGAAUGGGAGGACCAAGAAACUUUGAGAUACCACCUCGACCACUGUAUAGAUAUGCUGCGUCAAAAGCUCAUGUGUGAUCCAGACCUUGGUAUGGUCACGUAUGUUUGGGCCAAAGGCUACAAGCAGCCAUUGCCAGACUUUAGCACCGUUCACAAGUGUCGGCCUUACUCGAAGGUACUCGACUGGGCUCAUGCAAACUACGUGCAUGGUAGCAAUGUAGCGGACCUCGAACGUGCUCCCGGAGCUCUCGAGCGGGACACACGGCCUUGA